CUUGACCCUGAAUUUAAAAUUUUCUAACUUAAUUAUCCAUAAAUAAGCAUAUUUUAUUGCUUCCAAAAAUGAGGUGAGCCAAUCCGUCUCGUAUGAGAAUUUUUUUCCGUCGCUACAUGAGAUAUUAUUAGUGAAGUCAUAAUAGUGCUUUCCGUCGAGAUUUCUGCACAGCUAUUUUUUCGUGGCUGACAUAAAGUCAUAUUUGGAACUCGGUGCAAAAAGCGAGUAAUUAUUUACUUGACGUGUGUAAUUGAGAUUUAUUUAGAUUAAGAUUUCAAAAUGAGAGUAAACUCCUUGAGCUUAUCUACUUUAUUUAUUGUGCUCUCCAUUGUUGUACUUCUUGAAGGAAAGAAAAUCCCAUGUCCCCCACUUCCACUUACACCGGGUGUCGUAAUAUCAUGUGAGUUGCCUAAAGAAAACAAGAAAGUUGCAUGCACGGGGCCAAUUACAGGGUCUUCAAAACGCACGAUUGCCAAGUACAAAUGUGACUCAGACUCAGAUUUUUACGAGAAAACUGUAGAGUGCAAAUGUUACGGGAAAUGGAAAGGUCUUGAUGAGUUUCAGAACUAUGUUUCACGAUGUAGCACAGCUCAGAAAACUUUUUCCUUGAGUGGACCCCCAGAACUGAAUCUUACUAAAAACGAAGUUGAAGAGUUGACUGGAAAUAAUACUUCUGGGGACCCAACACCCAAAUAUGCAUUGGACGCAUUAGCAUUUCAUAAUUUUUAUCGUAAACAACAUGGAGCUGCGUUACUCAAAUUGAAUAAGACGUUGUCAGCUUUUGCUCAAAACUGGGCAGAACAAGAAGUAAAUAGUGGUUCCUUUGGCCCUGAACCUUCAUCGUCAAACAAGACAUACAUCUCCAACAUGUAUGAAUUGACCCUGGGUCGCGACGAUUUCGACCCUGCCAUGGCUGCUCGUCUCGGUAUUGCAAAAUGGUACACGAGUGGAUCCAACUACGACUACGACCUCCCCACCGCGAAUGCUUUUUCAGCACUGAUGUGGAACAACACCUCCGAUUUGGGCGUUGGGAUUGCUUCCAGAAGUGGGCGAAUGGUACUGGUCUGCAAUUACUGGCCUCCAGGGAACGUUUACGUUGUCGGUGGACAGGAUGGGGAUGAUAGUCUGGCUUUGUUCAGGAAAAACGUGUUUCCACGACGGGUGACUUCGUCUAGUUUGGAUCGAUCAACAUAAAACUUGCGACGAAAUGGCUUGUCCCACCAUAAAUAUUUCAUUAUUAAAUCAUAAAGAACAGGAGCAAAUACAAAUACAGGUUGCAAGGGGUUUUAUGUAACAUACUUUCACAAAUAAUAAUAAAGGACAAAUACACAACUGUUGGGAACAAUUGAAA